UCGCCUUCUCUCCUCCUUCCUUGGGGACCGCCUCCUUCACCCAGCCCACCCCCUCCGCCCCCUUCUGCGCCGCAAUCCGGGAACAUUCCAUGCAUCUGUGCAGUUAUCAAGAACAUUAUGCAACUUAGCUGAUCUUUUAUUCAAUAGAAGAAAGCAAGAUGACUUGCUGAACAAUAAACGCAAACGCCUACGUCCUGAAAUUUCUCCUCGUCUACAUGUUCCGGAUCAUAUACCGAGGCCUCCAUAUGUAAAUUCUCGUCAUUCACCAGGAAUUGCUAGUGGACCUGAAGUUCAUGAUGAGAGAGGAAUUGAAUAUAUGCGAGCAUCUGGAAAGCUUGCUGCACAAGUUCUGGACUAUGCUAGGACUCUUGUUAAGCCAGGCACAAAGACCGAUGAAAUUGACAAAGCAGUACACCAAAUGAUUAUAGAUAAUGGAGCGUAUCCUUCACCUCUUGGCUAUGGUGGCUUUCCAAAGAGUGUUUGUACAUCAGUUAAUGAAUGCAUUUGUCAUGGGAUACCAGACUCCCGUGAACUAGAGGAUGGUGAUAUCAUCAACAUUGAUGUUACUGUCUAUUUAAAUGGUUAUCAUGGUGAUACAUCUGCCACUUUCCUUUGUGGUGAUGUUGACGAGGAAGCUAAGAACCUGGUUCAGGUAACGAGAGAAUGUCUUUACAAGGCAAUAUCAAUAUGUGCACCUGGAGUGGAGUUCAAUCAAAUUGGCAAGACAAUACAUGAUCAUGCAGAUAAAUUUCAGUUUGGUGUGGUUCGACAAUUUGUUGGCCAUGGUGUGGGACAAGUAUUUCAUGCUGACCCUGUUAUACUUCAUUUUAGAAAUAGGGAGCGUGGGCACAUGUUACUGGCUCAAACAUUUACAAUAGAGCCGAUGCUUACAAUAGGGAGCACCAACCCUGUCAUAUGGGCUGAUAACUGGACAGCAGUAACAGAAGAUGGAAGCUUAUCAGCACAGUUUGAGCAUACCAUACUGAUAACAGAAACUGGGGCAGAAAUACUAACAAAAUGUUAGAACUGUAAAAACUCCAUUUAAAAUAUACGUUGGCAAAACUCAGCCAUACAUUUGAUUCUUUCAUGUUUGUAAAACAUUAGAUCUAAUUCUGUAUCAUUAGAUACAUUUUUAUACCAUUCAAAUGUAUUUAAUUUUUCUGUUAAAAAAAAUGUAUUUGCUUGGCUU